AUGGCAUUUUACACACAGCACUACCUCAAGAAUGACCUCCGGAAGUAUGAACUAACAGAUACUGAGUGGCAGAUCGCAGUGGAGCUCAAAGACACAUUACAGAUUCUCAAGGAUUGUACAGAAUACUUUUCACGUGGCACUCUGAACUUAGCCACUGUCAUCCUGGCCAUCGACCAUAUCAACACGACAUUCACGAAUGCCAUGAAACCUGACAGCAACACUCACCCUGCAAUCCGUUAUGGCCUUUGUCUUGCAAAGAAGACCCUCAACAAGUAUUACUCUUUAACGGACAACGCUGAAGUUUAUUGUAUCGCCAUGGUUCUUCACCCCAAACACAAGCUCAAGUACUUUCGGCAAGUGGGGUGGACGUUGGACUGGAUCAACACAGCCAAGGCUCUGGUUCCAGACGAGUUUGAACGUUCCUACAUGAACGUGCACAAUUCCGACUGCGAAGACGAGUCCAAGGAGGAAGACAACAAGUCUAUCAUGGAACCUGAAAAGAAAUCUAAGAACAUAUUCAAUAAUCUUCCACCCUCAAGAAGCCGUCUAAGACCAAGGUGUUGCUCGACGAACUUUGGCUCUAUCUUAGCACCCCUCCUGAAACCACUGCUCACUUGCCGCUUCGUUGGUGGUAUGAAAAUUGACGAACAUUUCCUCGACUUCAUCGUAUGGCACUCGAUUAUUUGUCUAUACCAGUCUACACGCGCUCUUCUCUGCCUUGGUUCUUGGAGCCUUGCUGGACUGGUUAAGGAUUCAGAUGUGGAGGCUGUCACUGUCCUCGAUGAAGUACAGGCUAAGGUUGAAUUAGAAAGGCUUGGAGACGUACUUAGUAAGAUGCACCAUGGCAAGAUAUAUACAGACCCGUUGACAUUACUUUUGCGCAACACUACAAAUAGUUUUGUGCACAACGUACAUUUUUGCAUGCUGACACAUGAAGUCUGGGAAUACUUACCCAAACGGACUGCCAUAAAUGUCAAGGUGCUGCACGCCAAAUUAAGUUUGGACUUUGUCAAAAUUUGGCUGGGUCAACUAUAUUUUCAAGCUCAGGGGGUGGGGGAAGAAGAUUGA